AGUGGAGAUCCAUGCAAUCGUGCAUAUCAUGGUCGAAUGGCUUUCUCUGAAUCCGAAACCAAAGCACUUUCGAAACUCGUUCGAUCCACCCGCAAUAAAUUAGCAUACUUCUCUAUACAUUCUUACUCCCAAUAUAUACUUGCUCCUUAUGCAUGUAAAAGUAAGAAGCCAGAAAACAUCAAACACCUGAUAGAAGUGGCAGGAAAAGUUAAAGAAGCAAUUUACGAAGAAAGUGGAAACAGAUAUUUUGUGGGCACACCUCCUGAUGUCCUUUGUAAGUAG